GCCCGGCGGCCGCGGAGAAAGGUGCGGCUGCGGGUCGGUCUCCGGUCUCUGCUCGCGGGCCGGGGGCUGCCUUGACCGUGGGCUCGCAGCGCACGCCCAAGUGGAGAACAAGGUGACCCUAGAAACUUCUCCCGGCGUCCCCUGGAGCCUCGCCCUUAGCAGCGCGAGCGUCCGGCGCCACCGACCCUCACAGUGCCAGCGCGGGACCCCAGGGCUGUGUCGCUGAGUGACCAAAAUACCCUUUAAGCCAGCUCAUUCUGAAUGAAUGCAUGAAUGAAUGAUCACACUGAGCGUCCCGCAUCCACACUUCCUGUGCGGGGUUACUUCAAGGAACACAUGGGUUCAUUUCCCAUGCUUUUAAAAUGUGCUGCGUUGCUUCCAAGACCAUGUAAAGUGGACUGACCAUUAAAUUCUCUCUGAGCAAAAGUCAGACUGCAGGAAAUCCCAGGUUGCCUGCUUGUGGUUCAUGACAAGUGGAUACCUGUGUUAAUUAGGAUUUGUCAGUUCAAAAUCUGCUACCACCAAGCCCAAAGGAGGUCUCUGCCUUCAGCUGAUUUUUAUGCCUGUUGAAUUUCUGCAGUGUUAUUGAGCUACAAAUAAUGUGUUUAAAAUAACUCGCACAUGAGUGUGCAGUAGUAGCCUUGCACAAUACGGAGAGCCAAUUCAGUUAAAAUGGGCAACUCCGAGAGUCAGUACACCCUUCAAGGAUCUAAAAACCAUAGCAAUACUAUUACUGGUGCUAAGCAAAAGCCUUGCUCCCUGAAAAUACGCAGCAUUCAUGCAAAAGAUGAGAAGUCAUUGCACAGUUGGACCCAAGGGAGCAGUGUAGCAGGUUACAAGUCCAGGUCCCUGGCCCGAAGCUGCCUUUCUCACUUUAAGAGUCAUCAGCCUUAUGCAUCAAGACUCAGUGGGCCCUUGUGCAAAGUGUCCAAAGGCACCACCUAUGCCAAGCACAGGGCGGGGUCCUCAGGAAAUGACUUCCAGGGCAACAGUGUUGCUUUCUCACUGGGGAAUGGCUUCCACUGCGAUGACCACAAGCCAGCAGACAACCACAUCACCUCAAGAGACUGCAAUGGACACCUUCUCCACUUCCAUGGGAGAAGUGAGAGUGCUGCCCCCUCCCCAGCAGAUGAAGACCGCCGUAGCCCCAGAGUGCUCAUCAAGACGCUGGGGAAGCUGGAUGGGUGUCUAAGGGUUGAGUUCCACAAUGGUGCCAGUCACAGCAAAGGGCCUGCAGAGGACCCCAGGGGUCCCGUGCAGCUGCUGAGGUACUCACCUACAUUGGCAUCAGGAACCUGCCCUGUGCCAAAAGCCAGGAGGAACUCCAGUGCUGACUCCCCAGUCAGCCAGCGCCCUUCUCCCACUGACUCUCGCCUGCGCUCCAGCAAAGGCAGCUCCCUGAGCUCUGAGUCUUCCUGGUAUGACUCACCUUGGGGCAAUGUUGGGGAGCUGAGUGAGGUGGAGGGCUCCUUCCUAGCUCCCAGCAUGCCUGAUCCCAACCUCCCUACCAGCUUCCCACCUGGUGAUGCCAAAAAGCCUUUCAACCAAAGCUCUUCUCUCUCCUCCCUUCGGGAUCUAUACAAAGAUGUCAACCUGGGGAGCCGGUCCCCCUCUGGCUUCUGCCUUGCUGAUGACUAUAUCAGCUCCCACAGCAACCUAAGCAAUCGAGUCUCAUUUGCAUCUGACAUUGACGUGCCCUCCAGGGUGGAGCAUAGGGACCCUGUCCAGUAUAAUUCCUUCACCCUCCCCUGCCGGAAGUCCAAAGCCUUAACUGAGGAUGCUGCAAAGAAGGACACCCUCAAAGGCAGAAUGCGACGCAUCAGCGACUGGACAGGAAGCCUCUCAAGGAAGAAGAGGAAACUCCAGGAGCCAAGGUCCAGCUUUGACAGCUGCUCUGAUGGACUGAACACAGAUGUGCAGGUGCCGUCUCAGGCAUCUGCCCUACUGUGGCCAGGGGGCUCAGCUCACAUCCUGUGUCAGAGAAGUGAAUCCACUCAUGCGAUUGGCAGCGAUCCCCUUCAGCAGAACAUUUAUGAGAAUUUCAUGCGAGAGUUGGAAAUGAGCAGGACCAACACUGAGCACUUGGAAACAUCCACAGAAACCAUCGAGUCCAGCAGUGAGUCACUGAGCUCACUGGAGCAACUGGAUGUGCUCUUUGAGAAGGAGCAGGGAGUGGUCCGGAAAGCCGGGUGGCUUUUCUUCAAACCCCUUGUCACCCUGCAGAAGGAAAGGAAGCUGGAGCUGGUGGCUCGGAGGAAGUGGAAACAGUACUGGGUAACACUUAAGGGCUGCACUCUGCUGUUCUACGAGACCUAUGGGAAGAAUUCCAUGGACCAGAGCAGUGCCCCACGAUGUGCCCUCUUUGCGGAGGACAGCAUUGUGCAGUCUGUCCCAGAACACCCCAAGAAGGAAAACGUGUUCUGCCUCAGCAACUCCUUUGGAGAUGUCUACCUUUUCCAGGCCACCAGCCAGACGGACCUGGAGAAUUGGGUCACUGCCAUACAUUCUGCGUGUGCAUCCCUUUUUGCCAAGAAGCAUGGGAAAGAGGACACUGUGAGGCUGCUGAAGAGCCAGACGAGAAGUCUGCUUCAGAAGAUCGACAUGGACAGCAAGAUGAGGAAGAUGGCAGAGUUGCAACUGUCUGUGGUGAGCGACCCCAAGAACAGGAAAGCCAUUGAGAGCCAGAUCCAGCAGUGGGAGCAGAAUCUGGAGAAAUUUCACAUGGAUUUGUUCAGGAUGCGCUGCUACCUGGCCAGCUUACAGGGUGGGGAGUUACCGAACCCCAAGAGCCUGCUUGCUGCCACCAGCCGCCCCUCUAAGCUGGCCCUUGGCCGGUUGGGCAUCUUGUCUGUUUCUUCGUUCCAUGCUCUGGUAUGUUCUAGAGAUGACUCCGCUCUCCGAAAAAGAACACUUUCCCUGACCCAGCAAGGGAGGAGCAAGAAGGGCAUAUUUUCUUCCUUAAAAGGGCUGGACACCCUGGCGAGGAAAGGGAAGGAGAAAAGAGCUUCCAUCACUCAGGUUGAUGAACUCCUGCAUCUAUAUGGGUCAGCGGUAGAUGGUGCUCCCCGAGACAACACCUGGGAAAUCCAGACUUACAUUCACUUUCAGGAUAAUCAAGGCGUUACUGUCACAAUCAAGCCAGAACACAGAGUGGAAGAUAUUUUAACUUUGGCAUGCAAGAUGAGGCAACUGGAACCCAGUCACUAUGGCCUUCAGCUUCGGAAAUUAGUUGGUGAAAGCAUUGAGUGCUGUAUUCCUGCACCAUAUGAAUAUGUGCAAGAGCAGGUUUAUGAUGAAAUAGAAAUCUUUCCACUGAAUAUUUAUGACGUGCAGCUCACGAAGACUGGGAGUAUCUCUGACUUUGGCUUUGCAGUCACAGCCCAGGUGGACGAGCACCAGCAUCUCAGCCGGAUCUUUAUAAGUGAUGUCCUCCCUGAUGGCCUGGCGUAUGGGGGAGGGUUGAGAAAGGGCAAUGAAAUCAUGACCUUAAAUGGGGAAGCCGUGUCAGAUCUUGACCUUAAGCAGAUGGAGGCCCUGUUUUCCGAGAAAAGCGUUGGACUCACUCUCAUUGCCUGGCCACUGGACCCAAAAGCAACCCUGUGUGCCUCCUGGUCAGAUAGUGACCUGUUCUCCAGGGACCAGAAGGGUCUGCUGCCCUCCCCCAACCAGUCCCAACUGCUGGAGGAAUUCCUGGACAACUUGAAAAAGAAUCCAGCAAAUGAUUUCAGCAGUGUCCCUGACAUCACAACUGGUAUGAAAAGGAGUCAGACAGAUGGUACUCUGGAUCAAGUCAGCCAUCGAGAGAAAAUGGAGCAGACAUUCAGGAGUGCUGAACAGAUCACCACACUGUGUAGGGGCUUUAACAACACCCAGACCAAGAGUAUGGAAGGACCCAGGGAGAGUCAGGACCCACCUCUGAGGCCUCUGGCCCGCCACCUCUCUGAUGCAGACCGCCUCCGGAAAGUCAUCCAGGAGCUCGUGGACACAGAGAAGUCUUAUGUGAAGGAUCUGAGCUGUCUCUUUGAAUUAUACCUGGAGCCACUUCAGAAUGAGACUUUCCUUACCCAAGAUGAGAUGGAGUCCCUUUUUGGAAGCUUGCCAGAGAUGCUGGAGUUUCAGAAGGUGUUUCUGGAGACUCUGGAGGAUGGAAUCUCAGCCUCCUCUGACUUUGAUAUACUGGAAACUCCCUCACAGUUUAGAAAGCUGCUGUUUUCCCUUGGAGGCUCUUUCCUCUAUUAUGCAGAUCAUUUUAAACUGUACAGUGGAUUCUGUGCUAACCAUAUUAAAGUACAGAAGGUUCUUGAGCGAGCUAAAACUGAUAAGGCAUUUAAGACUUUCCUGGAUGCUCGGAAUCCCACUAAGCAGCAUUCCUCCACCUUGGAGUCAUAUCUUAUCAAGCCAGUACAGAGAGUGCUCAAGUACCCUCUGCUGCUGAAGGAACUUGUGUCCCUGACAGACCAUGAGAGUGAAGAGCACUACCACCUGACAGAAGCACUAAAGGCAAUGGAAAAAGUAGCAAGCCACAUCAAUGAGAUGCAGAAGAUCUAUGAGGAUUAUGGGACUGUGUUUGACCAGUUAGUUGCAGAGCAGAGUGGCACAGAGAAGGAGGUAACAGAACUUUCCAUGGGAGAACUUCUGAUGCACUCUACAGUCUCCUGGUUGAACCCAUUUCUGUCUCUAGGAAAAGCCAGAAAAGACCUGGAGCUCACAGUAUUUGUCUUUAAGAGAGCUGUCAUAUUGGUUUAUAAAGAAAACUGCAAACUGAAAAAGAAACUGCCCUCCAAUUCCAGGCCUUCUCACAGCUCUGCUGACUUGGACCCAUUUAAAUUCCGCUGGCUGAUCCCCAUAUCUGCACUUCAAGUCCGACUGGGGAACACAGCAGGGACAGAAAAUAAUUCCAUAUGGGAGCUGAUCCAUAUAAAGUCAGAAAUAGAAGGACGGCCAGAAACCAUCUUUCAGUUAUGUUGCAGUGACAGCGAGAGCAAAACCAACAUCGUUAAGGUGAUUCGUUCUAUUCUGAGGGAAAACUUCAGGCGUCACAUAAAGUGUGAAUUACCCCUGGAGAAGACCUCUAAGGAUCGCCUGGUACCUCUCAAGAACCGAGUUCCUGUUUCAGCCAAAUUAGCGUCAUCCAGGUCUCUUAAAGUCCUCAGGACCUCCUGUAGCAGCGAGUGGCCCAGUGAGGCCAGCAAGGCUAACUCACUGGACUCAGACGAGUGCAGCCUGAGCAGUGGCACCCAGAGCAGUGGCUGCUCUGCGGCUGAGAGCAGGCAGAACUGCAGGAGUGUGGCUCCAGGGGGCGACGCCCAUGUGGGCUUGGCGGAGUUUCCCGACAGUCUCAUCAAAGAGAGUGAUAUUCUGAGUGAUGAUGAGGACGACCACCAGCAGACUCUGAAACAGAGCAGCCCCACCAAGGACAUCGAAAUUCAGUUCCAGAGACUGAGAAUCUCUGAGGAGCCUGAUGCCCAGCUGGUGGAGCAGCAGUCUGGUACAGGGGUGGGCGAGGGUCAGAAGGGAGAGCAGCCCAAGCUGGUCCGGGCCCACUUCUGCCCCAUUAAACGAAAAGCAAACAGCACUAAGAGGGACAGAGGAGCUUUGCUGAAGGCGCAGACUCGGCACCAGUCCCUUGACAGCCACCCCGAAACCGUCAACAUUGAUCUCAAUUUUGUUCUAGAGCGAGAAUUCAGUGUCCAGAGUUUAACUUCAGUCGUCAAUGAAGAGUGUUUUUAUGAAACAGAGAGCCAUGGAAAAUCAUAGUACAAUUCCAUCCAGAUAAAGGUUACAUUGCUCACUUACUUCUAAACUGGUGGUAAAGUGGAAAUUGCAGAAAAACUAUUCAUCAUUGAGUUUUGUGCAGUAUGCAUUUUCCCACAAAAUUGUUGUAAAGAUUUAAGUUAUUUUAAUUUAUUGUGGAUCAGAAAACUAGAUUAAACUUGUCAGAAUCUGUAAAUUACUUAGUUUAUAUCCCUUUUGAGCAGGCAUCAAAAUGAUUUAGAAUCCUAAAACUGCAUUCUAAUUUUAAGUUAUGUGGAAAAAAGUAAGGAUGAGGAAGUUGUGAUUAAUAGCUUUUAAAAGGAUCAUCUUUUAUCAGUCCUCUGGGCAUUUUCUUUGAACUGUUUUUGCUUUAUUUAAAGUAUACUUAAGUUAUUUUAAUGUGGGUUAGGGGUACAACAUGCAGAUAGUUCAUUUUUGUAGGGUUGUAAUAGAGGCUGUUUAUACUAAACAUGUCAUAUCUAUGUAGUAUAUAUAUUAAAAGCUUGUACUGUAUCUUAUUUGAUAUUUAUUUUCUCUACCAAGCUGUACAGUAAAAGGAACAUAAGUCAUCUG